GAGCUGAUGACUCAGCUGUUUCCCUCGACAUCAAAUCAAAAGAGCGCUUUGUGUGGAAGCUGUUCAUAAUGUGUGUAGACUCAGAUUAAAGUUCCACAUCUGCUUCACCACCGGCUCCACAGAGAGCCCUGAGAUGAGCCCGGAGCUGCUGACUGUCAUCGUGGCUUCGGUGUCCUGUGUGGCGUUUAGUUUAAUGAUCCUGAUGAUGGUGGUGGUCCUGUACAGGAAAAAUCCUCUCUGCUGCAGAUUCACCCCCCCCAGGACUGAUGAGCUUCCCCAUUACCACAGCAGGCACUCUUUGAUUGGCAUCGCCCAUAAUGAGCACAGGGCUGCCAUGAACCAGGGAGCUUUUGGACAACAGCUCCCUGUAGGGCUGUUUAUUGUUGGGAAGCCAACUGACUACCACCUGAAUGGGGCUCUGCCGAGGCUGCCAUCCUAUGAGAGCGUUCGUAAGAAGGACCGUCAGAGACAGAUCCACAGUAUGAUCUCAAGGCGCUUCGGCCUCAGCGGCUGCCACGAUGAGCCUCCACCAACGUAUGAAGAAACCCUUGGCCAAUCCGUAGACGUUCCACCUGCAAAUCUAUGUUUUCCGUAUGUUCACCCAUCGGUCCCCCCCCAGGGUUACAGCUCAAACCUCAAUGAAGACACGCAAGAGCCCGGUCGAACACCCACGCCGCUCCAGGGGCCGUCUUCCUCCUACUGCCCGGCUCCAGAGCUCCAGAGCUCCAGGUUGUUUCUGUCUGUCUGAUGUGUCGUUUGACAAGUCACAGAAUGAUGAAGAGGGGCUACAGUUGUACAAGCCAAGAGAGUGACGCCUUUAGGGACAACAGAUGAGUUUCGGGAAGGGAAUGGUUGUGCUUUGAGGCAGAGCUGUUGAUGGAUCACCGUUAUUCUGCUUGGAUGUAUUCUCACGACAAAGACUCUCUGGCUGUACACUCCCCCAAGAGUGACAAUGACACAUCUCUGCAUUGUCCACUCUAUUCCCGGCAGGUUUUUCAUUGUGUUUGUCCCAGAAUGGUAUAAUGGGUGAAAGGAUUCAAAUGUUUGACGAAUGAGAGUCUUUAGAGACUGACAGUUGGCUUUUUACUUAACAUCUUUGAAUUUAACAGAUUUGACACCAAUUAAAUCCUGAAUGUCAAGUGUUUCCGUCAGACUUCUACUCUUAUAAGAGUCUAGAAAGAACAUUCAGACUAUCAGAGGAUGAUAAAGCUGUUCACCAACACCCAGGAUGAUUCAAAUCUUUCAGGAUUAAUAAUUCACAACAUGGCAGAAUGUACAGGAAAAAUGACAGACUGUUUAUAUGUAGUCACAGAAGGAACCUCGGUGCAGAAAAUGGAAACAUUAACAUUUGUAAAAAAAAAAACAACUAAAAUCCAGCCUCGGAACACAGCCUCACUCGGAAUGUUAAUAAAAUAUUUCUGCCUGUAGAAGUGUUUAAUGAAAACCAUUUCCCAUAAGCCCUAGGUUAAAAGAAAAAGAUAUGAGCCCAUUGCAGUCAGCUCAGACAUGUCUGUUAUAACAGCAGGGCAGAGAGGAGACAUUUUAGACAGCAGCAAUGGACGCUAAAUCAUAUAAGGGUUUUGUCAUCCAAUCCAAACCAACUACUUCAGAUAUGGUUAAUAAAUUGAAAACACAUACACAUGAUAAAACCCGUGAAAAAUAGCCUUCAAUCUUAAAAAAACGCGCGUCUCACGGAUUUUGUGUAUCUGUUCCUCGAAAGCUAUAGCCGUUUCAGAGACAGCAAUACUUUUAGCUAACUGCUAAGAUAAGCAUGCUUACAAGCUCAAAAUGCCUUAACAAUGUGAGGUUUAGUAGGUAUAGUCUGGCUACCAUUUUCACCAGUUAUUCGCAUGCUAAUAAGCACUUAACACAAAGAGCCUCUGAGGCUCAUCAGAAUGGCAUUUGCUCAUGAACAGAGGUAUUGGACAAAUUUCAAUUUUGACCCGUAUUAUGGCGCUAGAUAAAAAGUUGCCAAAAUGAUUUCAGUUAGUCUUGCUGUGUAAAUAAAUAUCUGUACCAAAUUUUAUGGCAAUAGAUCAAGUAAUUGUUGCGAGAUUUCACUUAACACCCUAAGGGUCCACAUCAUUGUGGAGUUGGAGGAAAAAGAUCAGGGAUCCAUUAAAAUCAGUAGGAUUCAUCAUCUGGGAACCAUGAAUAUCUGUACCAAAUGCCGUUGAGAUAUUAAGAAAAAAAAACUGUCGACCUGCUGUUGGAGCUAGAGGAAAAGUCAAUGGAUCGCGAAAGUCACUAGGCUUCACGCUCUGAGGACCAUGAAUGUAUGUGCAAAAGUUCAUGCUAAUCCAUCUAACAGUUGUUGAGAUAUUUCAGUGGUUGACACACAUUUACAGACUGUUAAAGUAAAACAAUUGCCUGAACUAAGCUAAUAAAAAUCAAAAGGUUGCACUCUCAUAGAGGUCUCCUCUAUACCAAGCCUUGCUUACACAGUAACUGUGUUUGGCCUGCACUCAUCACCAAUGACUGCCACUUUGAGUUUAAGAGGUAAAGCACGACAGCAUGGUUACUCUUUAACCCCGAUCAAACACUGACCACAGAAAACACAAAAGCGACCACUGGGUGAAGUACACUGCACGUUGUUGUUUGUGUGUCCACUGAGGUCGAACUGCACUGAUACCGGCUGAACUGAGAACCAAGAAGUGCAGAUCUCGCACAAUAGCUGGUAGCUAUUCAGUAACUUUCACGACUCAUUCUGUUCUUUUUGAAAAGGAGGGGAGAAAAAAAGCAGCAUAGCAGACUUCAAAUAAUCCAACUGCUUACACUCGUUGUUUAUGGGAAUAUCGCUCAGUUUCAUUUUGGUAUAUUAAACAGUGAUUUACCCUCCAAAUAGAACGCCAUGUCUGCAUACUCAUCGCAUUCAUCACUCUGCUUCAUGACAGCGUUCCCACUCCCAUGUAGUGUACCAGGCGUUACCCACACUCCCCCUGCAUACCACAAGCCGCUGAACUACAACAGUUCCCAUUUUUCUCUUAAAUCCUGUUCAAAGUGUUUUUACAGAAAUGCUGACAAAAUAUUUCACUGAUAAGCUCGUACCAAUCACAACAAAUCUCAUACAGGGGUUGUUCAAUAAGGACCACAGCCCAAUGGAGACUAGUAAUCAUCAAAGGUUUCCUUUUAGCCAAGUCACAGAGUAAUCAUAAUCCUUUGAAGGUAUCAUUCUUAAGGUUGCUUAUUUUUUCCUGUAACUUCCAAUAUAUGAAGACACUGACCAGAUAUGUGAAUGUAGACCCAGUGAAUCAAGCUAAACAUAAAGUAAUGAAGUAGUGAUUGUACUCCAUCUUGUGGGCAGUUUUAGUAAUGAACCUUUCCAACAUUAUUUUUCUCCCCAUGUGACACUUGUUAACUCAGCUUCUCUGUAACAAGAAAUAUCUGUGAAUCAAUAUGCAACAAUCAAUGUAAUCCUCAGUGUUGAACCUUUAAUAUUUUAAACACUCAUUUAUCAAAAUGUGCUUAAAAAAGGAUUGUGGGAAUGUGCUUGGUUAAAUCUGAUUGAUCUCCUGGGGCACCUGAGGCUUGUGGGGGGAAAUCAAUGUCAUAAAAAAAUACAUAAAAAUCUAAUUUCUAAUCUAAUGUCCUGUCAGUAAUUUUAAACUCUACAUUCAUCAGUGUGUCCCAUGUCAUCUUCUGUCAAUAAUGCGUGUAAUGGGAUUGAUUGGGACGUGUGGACAGGGUGUUUUGAUGCAGGAAUAAUACAUUGUUUUGUGCUUCUGUGUCUCUAUUGUGUGAAUUAUGGCGUCCAAUGGGGUGAGUCUCACACCACCUGAAAGCUUGUUCAGUUCAGCAAGCUCCGUCUUUAUCUAUGCUCAUCGAUUAAGCAGAGAAAGUAACAACUACAGAAAAAGCUCAUGUAAAUUACAUUAUGGUUCGUGUGGGAUCCCAUUGCUCACAGUUGGCCCAUUAAAGCUCUGGGUAGGUAACACAGGAGAUACAAGUUAGAGUUAGCUAGUAUCCAACCCCAAAAACCCAGCCCAGUGUUGUUUACUAAUGAAAUGACACCGACAGCCAGCCCCUUCAGGCCUUGUUCCGAAGCCACUCCCCCAAAAUGUAAUGAGCUCUAAUGGCUUAUGGCUCUAAUGAAAUGACUGGACGGGCUUAUUGCAGUCCUGCAACAGCCACAGAUACUGGCUUUUUUUUGUCAGAGCAUUUGAUGUAUUGAUUGGUUGGUUGUCAGGCUGUAAAAUACAAUUUCAAAGAAUUUAACUAAAAUGUUUUUUUAAAUACAUUUAAUGGGA